CAUCAUUGCUCAUUGCCACCAACCCCAAACCUGGUUGUAGUGUGCGCGCUGAGGAAGAACCUACGGACGCAAAGAUCUUCGAGAGCUACACCAAGAAUGUCAGCUCAAAACGCACCCGACCCGUUUUUCCGACCGAUCGGCGACGUCGUCGAAGACUCCGGCUCGGGGUCAGGUGUGCGACAAGCAGAUGGCCAAGAUGCGUCCAUGCGUUCUCAGCAACAAGAGCGGGCAUUGGGAUCAUCAGAGCAGCAAGCUGGCAGUGGUGGCGGUUCUGAGGCCGAGCCGAAGAUGGUGGAAGAAAUUGAAUCUCUAUGCAUGCGCUGUCACGAAAACGGCACCACGCGGCUGUUGCUCACGUACAUCCCUUACUUCAAGGAAGUCAUCAUUGCCAGCUUUCAGUGCGAUCAUUGUGGGGAGAGGAACAAUGAGAUACAGAGUGCUGGGGAAAUACAAGAAAAGGGAGUCAUUUACACAGUGCACGUCACUCAACCCGGCGAUUUGGACCGCCAGCUAGUCAAGUCAUCUUUUGCCACCAUGAGUAUCCCUGAGUUAGCGAUCGAGAUUCCGGCGAAGCGCGGCCAAUUGACCACAUUGGAGGGUGUCAUUUCCGACACGUUGCGCGACCUCGAGCUGGACCAGCCGUUGCGGAAGCAUAUGGACCCGCCGGCGUACAAGAAGAUUGAGGAGCUGUGCAAACGUAUGCGAGUGAUCAUUGGCGAAGCGGAGCCUUCGCAUGCGGAAAUUCAGCCUGGUGCAGAUGUAGGGUCAUCAGGGGCCGCCGGGACCAAAUCGCACGGACCUGUGGGAGCUGUACCAUCGUCUAUUAGCGACCCGAACCGAACCUUCCUGCCAUUCAGCCUGCGACUCGACGAUCCUUCUGGAAACAGCUUCAUUGAAUUCCUUGGCGAGGUCCGAGGACGAGGCGUGAACGACAACAAGUGGAGCAAGCGCGAGUACCCGCGCACAAAGAAGCAGAACGAGCUGCUUGGCCUUAGUGCUGGGGAGAGUGCUAGCGAUGGAGAUGCUGCGAUGCAGACGGAUGGAGACGCACCGGAAGCAGUGACUGGCUUCAGUAAGACUGCGGGCGAAACGGAGCACGAGAAUGAGGAGAUUUACGCAUUCCCGGGGACGUGCUCCUCUUGCACCGCACCACUACAAACGCUGAUGAAGAAGGUCAACAUCCCGUACUUCAAGGAUAUCCUAAUCAUGUCGACCAACUGCGAUCGCUGUGGGUACAGGGACAACGAGGUGAAGUCAGGCGGCGCGAUCUCGGAGACCGGGCGCAAGCUCGCGCUAACCGUCAACGACGCAGAGGACCUUAGUCGCGACGUGCUGAAGAGUGAGACCGCUGGGCUGGAAAUCCCCGAGAUCGACCUGCACCUCGCACCUGGCACGCUCGGCGGACGGUUCACGACGCUGGAAGGCCUGCUGCAGCAGGUGUAUGACGAGCUUUCCGACAAGGUCAUGGCGUCCGGCGACGCGGCGCGGCUAGACGAUCGCUCAGCAUUCGAGACUUUCCUCGGCAAGCUCAAGGGCGUAAUGUCCGCGAGCAAUGUGCCUUUCACCGUCAUUCUCGACGACCCGCUCAGCAACUCUUACAUUCAGAAUCCGUACGCGCCGGAUGAGGACGAGCAGAUCAUUGUGGAUGUGUACAAGCGGAGUUGGGAGCAGGAUGAGGAGCUCGGAUUGAAUGACAUCAAGGUCGAAAACUACUCAGAGGAAUCUAAGCAAUGGGCAGCCCAGGCUGCAGCCGCAGCAGGGACAACGCGAAAGGCUGCAGAGAGCGGUAACGUACCGGGUAAUGAGGCUGGCGAGGCGAUCAAGAAACCUCGUGUAGAAGCGCAGAUGCAGGGGCAGUAGCCACGGUCGUGAACGACAUGUUCCGACUACUGCAGGCGCGAGGUUGGUAUAUGGACGCGCAAGUAUGCUGUGGUAGUAAUCCUAUAUUUCAGUCAUCAAUGCUGCUAGCAAGUUCUGAUCGCAAGGCGCAUCUUUCUGGUCGGUCGAUCGCGGAGUGUUAGCAGCUUUAGCAUUAUAUUGCUUGGUUCGCUUCAAUCCGCGCGCCGUAAUGUGCGGGUCCACACGUAGAUGGAUGAGCGCCAGCAAGCAGAAAAUAGAAUUCAUGUCUCAAAAGUGCAGAUCGCUCCAAAUACAC